AUUCCAAUUACAAUAUUCCACUUGGCUGUAUAAUUUUUUAAAUUAAAAAUAAUAAUUAGAGAUAGUAACGUGUCAAUUAUAACUUAAAUUUAACAUAUCGAUGCGUAAAAUGGUAAAACAUAGAAAGCCCAGCUCGCUAAGUAAACAUAGUAGCAACAUAGAAACAAGUGGAUCCAGUACUUCAGAAAGUCAGCCGCGAACCCGAUCGUAUAAUUAUGUAUCCGUAUGGAAAACUACGUUAGGUGUAAUAUGUUUAUCAGUAGCUGUGUAUAUUGGUACCCUGGGGUACCUGGAAACCCGAGUGAAUACUCCUUUUGACGGCGAAAAGGCAGUAAAAGAAUCUGGAUUAGAUGUUCCUGACCGUUUUUGGGGAAGUUAUAGACCAGGAGUGUAUUUUGGUCUGAAGAGCCGUGAACCAAAAUCACCUGUAUUUGGUAUGAUGUGGUAUGAGUUGGCAACUGCUGUACAUAAGGGAAUAAGACACUGGUGUGAUCAAAAUGAUAACUUACCAAGUUAUGGCUGGAUAAGACAUGACGGAUUCACCUUUGGAGAGCAAAUAAUUUCAGACCCACCUCAUAACAUUGUGACUACCUUUGUAAAAACGCCAGGCGGAGAGCAUGGUGGACAUUGGACUGCCAGAAUUAAUAUAACAUCUGUGAAUAAGUCCAACGAUGCAUAUGUGUUAAUAUGGUAUGGGGCAUUAGAUGAGUCACAAGGGUUCGGUCCACAGUCACGAAUAUGGGGCGAAAAGGGUGCCAUAGUGGGUUAUACACCAUCAUUCGGCAAUUUUAGAGUCCACUUAAUACCACAUCAAGGAAAGCUCUUACACACAGCAUUCACUGAUGCCUAUUCACCGGGGCUACAUCUCUUAAAGGAGAAAUAUUAUUCUCUAUUGAAGGUAGAGAAACACCCAUUUGGCCGUUUAGCUGUUCUCGGACCUGACAAUGAGCUUAAUGCAAAGAAUAAAGAUGUGAACUUCGUGCCAGUACAAAUGCUGGUAGAAACACCAUUUGUGCUAGACAUUGUGUAUACCACGGAGGACCUAUCAGGACCACCUCUGAAAGGAGAGGAUUACACCAAAGUGUUGGAACAGAAGAAAACAUCUUUUGAUGCACGAUUCGAAGAGGAGUUUAAAUUGAAAGACAAAGGUUAUUCCGAAGUAGAUAUAUCUAUUGCAAAGGCGGCCAUGUCGAACAUGGUUGGUGGUAUUGGUUAUUUCGACGGUACAAGCAGAGUGCAGUCACAAUACACACGCGAACCAGUGCCUUAUUGGAAGGCGGCCUUGUAUACCGGAGUACCGAGUAGGUCAUUCUUCCCCCGUGGUUUCCUUUGGGAUGAAGGUUUUCACGGUCUACUUGUAGGUCGCUGGUCUCCAGAUAUUCAGAUGGACAUUGCUGCUCAUUGGUUGGAUCUUAUCAAUGUCGAGGGCUGGAUACCUCGGGAGCAGAUAUUGGGUGCGGAAUCAUUGGCGCGAGUGCCUAAAGAGUUCGUAGUGCAAAGCAACGCGGCGGCUAAUCCACCCAUGUUACUGAUACAGAUCGCAAACAUGGUCCAGCGAAGGCCAAAUCUCUUCCAACAUGAUUCCAAGCAUCGGCGUAUGCUGGAAAGAAUGUUCCCGAGACUUCAGACGUGGUACAACUGGUUCCUAAAUAGUCAAAAAGGCAUCGAACCCACGACCUACAGAUGGAGAGGAAGGGAGGAUGACGGGAUUCAGCUGAACCCUAAAACGCUGACUUCAGGUCUUGAUGACUAUCCAAGAGCCUCUCAUCCCUCGGAAAUCGAGAGACACGUUGAUCUCCGUUGUUGGAUGUUUGCUGCAGCCGACGCCAUGACAGUUAUCGCUUUUGCUCUGCAAAGGGAUACUUCUAAAUUUGAAGCGAUUCGUGAACAACUUGGCGAUGAAAAAUUAUUGAAUAAGUUGCAUUGGGCGUCUCAUUCAAAUUCAUAUGCUGAUUAUGGUUUGCAUACAGAUGGUGUGAAGUUAGUUCGUCAAGCGUCUAAAUUUCCCGGAGAAGGGUUGAAAGUAGUUCGCUCUGUCACAAGCCCACCUCAGCCCAGGCUGGUUGCAUCGGCUUUUGGUUAUAUAUCACUGUUUCCAAUGUUACUGAAAGUGCUGAGUCCGAAGAGCGAUAACUUGGGGAAAAUCCUUGCUGUUCUGGACAAGCCGAGUUUAUUAUGGUCACCUUAUGGCCUUAGGUCUCUAUCAAAAUCCGCCCCAUUGUACAUGAAACGUAACACGGAACACGACCCUCCAUACUGGAGAGGCCAAGUCUGGAUAAAUAUUAAUUAUCUGGCCUUAUCAGCACUGAAACAUUAUGCAAGUGUGGAAGGACCUCACGCCAGUAGAGCGGAGGAGCUUCAUACGAAACUGAAAACGAAUGUCGUUGGUAAUAUAAUAACGCAGUACAAAAAGACGGGAUACUUCUGGGAGCAGUAUUCGGACCAAGAUGGCCGCGGUUCCGGAUGUAAGCCGUUCACCGGAUGGACCGCACUUUUCGUUUUAAUGAUGGCUGACGAAUAUUAGAACUAAAAUUGUCAGAUACAACAGCCUGGGCAAAGAUGGCGCUGCUUUCCAUAGGCUGAUUCAUAUUAACAAUUUAUUUCCUUGCCGCGUGUAUUGUCGGUAAAAAAGUGAAUCAGUUACCUACAUUCAUCCACAGAUGGCGCUGCUUUCCAUAGGCUCAUUCAUAUUAACAAUUUAUUUCCUUGCCGCGUGUAUUGUCGGUAAAAACGUGAAUUAGUUACUUAAAUUAAUCCAUAGAUGGCGCUGCUUUUCAUAGGCUUGUUAAUAACAAAUUUGUUGUAGUCUUGCUGACCAUGAUUGGUGUAAUAUUCACAUUUUAUUUCGUAAUGUUAUAUUUUAAGUUGGGUAAAUGCUUUAAUGUAUGUAUUCAUAAAGCACUGCCAAAUGCCUUAGAGAAACACAUUAUUGUCAAAUUCGAGCGAGGUGUGUACAGGACAAAAUUUGAAUACGUACGACAAAGCGUAGAUUUAACGUACAAAAUUCUUUGCACAAACAGGCAACAAACCUAAAAGAAAAGAAAGAAAGAAGAAACUUUAUGAAAAAGGUGGUUUAGUUCAAAGAAAGAGUUCACUAUGUACACUAGGAUCCCCUGUGUUGGGCUGCUAGUCUCUUCCAUUAUACAUAUAAAUGGUUUUAAGUACUUGAUGUAUAAGUUCUACAAUUUUAUAACGAAACUAUUGUCGCCCAAGAGGAAUACUUUCUGCACAUAGGAUAGGAUUAAAGAUACAAGGGCAGAGGGAGAAAAAGUAUUUGGGCGAAGGAAGUCUAUGAUGUGGUUGACAUAUUGAUAAUUAUAGUUGUCUAACCAUUAGAAGUUUUGUUGUAUAAUUUUGAAGUUUGUUAGCGAAAAGUGUCCGUAUAAGAUAUCUUAAGACGUAGUACCAAGUGUUGUAUCAACUGUUUAAUUCUAUGCAUGAUAUUUGUUGUAUUCGACAGUGCCUAAGACGAAGUUGUGACUGGACAUUCAAAUCGACUAACGCGUCCUAUAAGGCGGAGAUAUUAUUAGUACUGUAGUGUGAAAUUUAUAAUGAUUUGUCUAGUCCAUAAUUAGUUUUGCGUACCUUUUCACCUGUUGCUACAAAAUUAAACUAAAUAACUUUAUAGGACUACAUAGUUUUUGAAUUGUUCAAGACGGUACGGGUUUUAGAACAUGUGUGUCAAAGUCGAAAAAUCAUUUAUUCAUACAGGUAACACAAUGUACACUUAUGAACGUCAAAAAAGAAAUAUAUAUUAAAUGCUUCUAAUUUUACAUUUACUUCAAGUUCAGCCAGUUCUCAAAUCAAGGGCGUAGAACGGAACAGAAGAACUGGCAAUGAACUCUCCGCCACUCUUUUUAUGUGUGUAGUUCAAUAUUAUUGUUCUGAGUAAAAACUUUUCAGCUCCUAAAGAAAGUAAAGAAUAUUCUGGUUUACAAUUACGGCAGUAUGUUUAUAAGUGUUCGGAAUCUUUUGGAAAUAAGAACCAAUAUCAAUAACAAUUCAAUUAUUUUGUAUUAACAAUUAUGUAUGUAAAUGAAUAUUAGAAAGGCUAAUGUCUCAUGGCAUAAAAAAGGAUGGGAAACAUUGCUUUACACGGUAAAUUGGAAUCUGAUUGCAUUAAAAAAACUCAAUUUGUAAAAUAUUCAUUGAGCUAGGCUAUGGAAACAACGUUGGUUGAUAAUGCUGGUGUAUUUUGAAGACAGGACAUGUUGUUUUGUCAUCCAAAUCAAUGAUUUAGUAAUAAAAUAUGCUUUUUAUUUGUAAAUACCCUCUUAUUCAUAAAAAAAUGUAAUAAGCGACCUCUAGUAGCGCAAUAGAGAAACUUAAUGUUAUGAUUCAACAAUCUUUUAUCGCUCGAAAAGCGCCGUAUUGAGCACUUAAAGCAGUUAUUUUUACGAAUAAGAAGGUACGUGUGACCUGUAUGUAUUUGUAAAUAAUUUGUUACAUAAAAGCUAUAAAUUUA